GGUUAACGAUAAAACUUUAUUUACACUCUGAUGGUUAACGUUGAACUGUGAGGGGGAUCUGUUACUCCACUACUGCUGAGGCUUUUGACACCGAGUCUUUUCAUGGUGUCGUCCUUCAGGUCCCAAAGACUUGCUGUCCGAUCGCUGCAUCCUGUCCUGUCCCUCCAUGGACCUGGUGACCUGUCUGCUGGACUUCAGGCUCAACUUUGCCUCCAACAGGAGCAUCGUGCCUCGACUGGCUGCUUCCCUCGCUGCUUGUGCCCAGCUGAGUGCACUAGCUGCUGGACACAGGAUGUGGGCUCUGCAGAGACUACGGAAGCUUCUGACCACCGAGUACGGUCAGUCCAUCAACAUCAACCGGCUGCUGGGAGACAGUGAGGGCGAGGCUCGCUCCAUGAGUUUCACCGGCAGUGCUCUGGCUGCUCUGGUGAAGGGGCUCCCAGAGGCUCUGCAGAGGCAGUACGAGUACGAGGACCCCAUCGUCAGAGGAGGGAAGCAGCUCCUGCACAGCCCGUUUUUCAAGGUCCUGGUGGCUCUGGCCUGCGAUCUAGAGCUCGAUACUCUCCCCUGCUGUGCCGAGACUCAUAAGUGGGCCUGGUUCCGCCGGUACUGCACGGCCUCCAGAGUCACUGUGGCUCUGGACAAGAGGACCUCUCUACCGAGACCCUUCCUGGAUGAGGUCACAAAGAAGAUCCGGGAGCUCAUGGCGGAUCACGAGAGCAUGAACGGCCUCCACGAGAGUCACGACUUGUUCAAGCGCGAGCACGACGAGCAGCUGGUGCAGUGGAUGAACCGGCGGCCGGACGACUGGACCCUCUCUGCCGGGGGCAGCGGCACCAUCUACGGCUGGGGCCACAACCACAGGGGUCAGCUGGGCGGCAUCGAGGGGGCGAAGGUGAAGGUGCCCACGCCCACCGAAGCCCUCGCGACGCUGAGGCCGGUGCAGCUGAUCGGGGGGGAACAGACUCUGUUCGCUGUCACCGCUGAUGGAAAGGUCUGCCUCUCUGUUUUUAUACCAGACGGUGUUGAUGAAUAGUGGAGCAACGGAUCAUUAAUGUCACGGUCUGCUCGUCGGUAAAACUUUAUCUACACUCUGACGGCUAACGAUCAAACUUUAU